AUGUCGUCUCGUCAAGGAGGAAAGCUCAAGCCCCUCAAGGCCCCCAAGAAGAAGGAGCAGGACUAUGAUGACGAGGAUCUCGCGUUCAAGAAGAAGCAGAUGGAGGAUGCGAAGAAGUUGAAGGACAUGCAGAACCAGGCCAAGAAGGGUGGUCCUCUUAUCGGUGGUGGUAUCAAGAAGUCCGGAAAGAAAUAA